AUGGGGUGCACCGUGAGCGCCGAGGACAAGGCGGCGGCCGAGCGCUCCAAGAUGAUAGACAAGAACCUGCGGGAGGACGGCGAGAAGGCGGCGCGGGAGGUGAAGUUGCUUCUGUUAGGUGCUGGCGAGUCAGGGAAGAGCACCAUCGUCAAACAGAUGAAGAUCAUCCAUGAAGAUGGCUAUUCGGAGGAGGAGUGCCGGCAAUACCGAGCAGUUGUCUACAGCAACACCAUCCAGUCUAUCAUGGCCAUCGUCAAGGCCAUGAACAACCUGCAGAUUGAUUUUGCCGACCCGCACCGUACGGACGAUGCCAGGCAGCUGUUCGCACUGUCCUGCACUGCUGAGGAACAAGGCAUGCUCCCUGAGGACCUGUCCAGCGUCAUCCGGAGGCUCUGGGCUGACCAUGGUGUGCAAGCCUGUUUCAGCCGCUCAAGAGAAUACCAGCUCAACGAUUCAGCUGCCUACUACCUGAAUGACCUGGAGCGGAUCGCUCAGAGUGACUACAUCCCCACACAACAGGAUGUGCUUCGGACCCGCGUGAAGACCACGGGUAUUGUGGAAACACACUUUACCUUCAAGGACCUACACUUCAAGAUGUUUGAUGUGGGCGGUCAGCGGUCUGAACGGAAGAAGUGGAUCCACUGCUUCGAGGGUGUCACAGCCAUCAUCUUCUGUGUAGCCUUGAGCGCCUACGACUUGGUGCUAGCUGAGGAUGAGGAGAUGAACCGCAUGCAUGAGAGCAUGAAGCUGUUUGACAGCAUCUGUAACAACAAAUGGUUUACGGACACGUCCAUCAUCCUCUUCCUCAACAAGAAGGACCUGUUCGAGGAGAAGAUCACACAUAGCCCACUGACCAUCUGCUUUCCAGAGUACACAGGAGCCAGCAAGUAUGAUGAGGCAGCCAGCUACAUCCAGAGUAAGUUUGAGGACCUAAAUAAGCGCAAAGACACCAAGGAGAUCUACACACACUUUACAUGUGCUACCGAUACCAAGAACGUGCAGUUUGUGUUUGACGCUGUCACCGAUGUCAUCAUCAAGAACAACCUGAAGGACUGCGGCCUCUUCUAAGAGGCAGUGGGCCUGGCAGGAUGGGCCACCGCUGACUCUGCUCCCCAAACCCCUGAGGAAGAUGAGGCCAAGAAGACCACGCUCCCUGCCUGUCCCCCUGGCCGCUUCUCCCCUCCGUCCUCUUUGUUUUCAGCUCCCCUGACCCCUCCCUCAGCUGCAGACUCAGGGGAGAGGUAGCCACAGGUCUCUGUUUGAAGCCCUCUGUCAGAGGAGCCGGGAGUGGUCAUGGUGCCUCUUCCUGGGCAUGUUCUGGUUUUUUGGCUGUUGUCUUGUUCUGUGGUGGGAGGGGAGCACAAGCGGAGUCUCCCAAGGCCUGUGUGUGGAGGGCCACCCACUUCUCCAGCCUGGACCCCUGGCUUUGCCCAACACCAGCCCUGACCCAGCCUAAGUCCAAAUGUUUACAGGGAGCCUCCUGCCCUUUCUGCCCCUCAUACCGCUCGGAGGCCCCAAAGGAAAAAGCACAAGAAGCAUGAGACACCACCAUUCCUGGAGACCAUAAGUCCACCUGCUCAUUCUCAUAGCUUUUUAAAAAAAAAUGAAAGUAAAGAAAAAAAAAAA